GAUAGCACUAAACUGACCCGUUAUGACCACUAUCGGUUAUUUUUACAUCAAGCGGGCAACCCGGCAACCUCAUCAACGUUUGUGUCUCUCAGUUGUCUCACUGACGAGUUAGCCGCAGCCGUAGCACAAAGUGUAAACGAGGCUCUAGAUUUGACUCAUAUGUAUGGAGGAAAUCACGUAAACAUCAAUGCAACUCCUCAAGUUUUACCACAAUCCGGUUCAACAUCCAAGCACAUGACUACAGGAUCUGUCGUGCGUGUCUCCAAACCAUCUAAGAAAGUUAUCUUGUCUGAUGAAAAAAGGGAGCAGAUAAACGCCAAGAGGCGAGCUGCUUAUCGGAGGAAAAAAGAGGAGGAAGCAGAAAAAGUACAGCAUGGAAGUCAACCUGACCUUUCAAUAUCUGAUGACAAGAAAGAGCUAAUAAAUGCGCGGAGGCGGGCAACGUAUCUUAAGAACAAGGAAAAUGCUGACAUUAACAAGGAACAGAUGAAAGCUCCGUUGGUAGAUGGUUAUCGAAGAAAAUAUGAUGACGCCGCCGGCAAGCAUCUCCAUCAAAAUAUGCCUGCCGUUGACAUGUCGGGUAUGCAAAAUGUUCCACGGAGCGCUCUCGGUGAUAUCACUAAUGGGGUACAAGCUCACCCUAUGCUCCUUGCCGACAAAAAUAGCCAGAUCAAGGCUCAAGGGCGAGCUACCGUGAAGCACAAAGAUGAUAACCUUCCUGCCCUUACAAUAUCAUGAUAGAAUGCUUUUUG